GUCGGAUUUUCGGAUCGAGUUCGCACUUCGUUCCGUUCGCUCGUACCGUUCGCUUCGCAGCGGCGGAAACUCCGUACUAUCGAUAGCUGGUAUCUCAUUGAUACUUUUCGAGACCCCGAAGACGAGAACUCGCAUAUUCGCCCGAGAAAACUCUUAGUAAAUGCUUAUUAAACCGAUAUAUAAUUAAACAUAUUUUUUUUUGGUGCAAACGUAAGCCAAACAAAUUGCAUUUUGGUGUGGAUUACCAGUGGAAAAGUGAGUGCUUAAAAUGGAAUAAACAAGGCUAUCAUACAAAAAAAAAACAAAGCCCAAAAAACCAAAACAAGCUGAAAAUUGUCAACCCAACGAUUAUGGAUUAGUGCCAGUGGCCGGUCAGAGUCAGUUAAAAAAAUAUAUGCAUAUAUUAGGACUAAGGAGCCCGAAUUGAUUAACAAACAAUCUCAAGGCCCUAAGGCAAGGAAUAGAAAGGAGGAAUACAAGAAGAGUGAGAAAGUGACACUCAAGACCUCAGUUCUCUCGUUAAAGAGGUGUUAAAGCACCAUGUUGCACACGAUGCAGCUGCUCCUGCUGGCCACCAUUGUGGCCAUGGUCAGUAGCUCGCCGUACACGAGCUACCAGAACCAGCGGUUCGCCAUGGAGCCGCAGGAUCAGACGGCUGUCGUUGGGGCCAGGGUCACGCUGCCCUGCCGGGUGAUCAACAAACAGGGCACACUCCAGUGGACAAAGGAUGACUUUGGACUGGGCACGUCCCGGGAUCUGAGUGGAUUCGAGCGGUACGCGAUGGUGGGCAGUGACGAGGAGGGCGACUACUCCCUGGACAUUUACCCAGUGAUGCUGGACGACGAUGCUCGCUACCAGUGCCAAGUGAGUCCAGGACCCGAGGGCCAGCCAGCCAUUAGGUCCACAUUCGCCGGAUUGACGGUGCUCGUGCCGCCCGAGGCGCCCAAAAUCACCCAGGGCGAGGUCAUCUAUGCCACCGAGGAUCGCAAGGUGGAGAUCGAAUGCGUUUCGGUUGGCGGAAAGCCGGCUGCUGAGAUUACCUGGAUUGAUGGCCUGGGCACUGUCCUUACGGAUAACAUUGAGUACACGGUGAUACCGCUGCCUGAUCAGCGACGCUUUACGGCCAAGUCCGUCCUCCGACUGACCCCCAAAAAGGAGCACCACAACACGAACUUCAGCUGCCAGGCGCAGAACACGGCGGACCGCACCUAUCGCUCGGCGAAAAUACGUGUCGAGGUGAAAUAUGCCCCCAAGGUGAAGGUGAACGUGAUGGGCUCGCUGCCCGGCGGUGCUGGUGGUUCGGUUGGUGGUGCAGGCGGCAGUGCACAUGUGAGCACCGGUUCCCGGAUUGUGGAGCACUCGCAGGUGCGCCUGGAGUGCCGGGCAGAUGCGAAUCCCAGCGAUGUCCGGUACCGCUGGUUCAUCAACGACGAACCGAUCAUCGGCGGCCAGAAGACAGAGAUGGUGAUACGCAAUGUGACUCGCAAGUUCCACGACGCGAUUGUCAAGUGCGAGGUACAGAAUUCCGUGGGCAAGAGCGAGGACAGCGAAACCCUCGACAUAAGUUAUGCUCCCAGUUUCCGGCAGCGACCACAAUCAAUGGAGGCGGACGUGGGCAGUGUGGUGUCCCUAACCUGCGAGGUGGACAGCAAUCCGCAGCCGGAGAUCGUCUGGAUACAGCAUCCCAGCGACCGGGUGGUGGGCACCAGCACGAAUCUCACGUUCAGUGUCAGCAAUGAGACGGCUGGCAGGUAUUACUGCAAGGCCAAUGUACCCGGAUACGCCGAGAUUUCGGCAGAUGCCUAUGUCUAUCUGAAGGGCUCGCCGGCGAUCGGAUCGCAGAGGACACAGUACGGACUGGUGGGGGAUACGGCGCGGAUCGAGUGCUUUGCCAGCAGUGUUCCUCGUGCCCGCCACGUCUCGUGGACAUUCAAUGGCCAGGAGAUUAGCUCGGAAUCGGGACACGACUAUUCGAUACUGGUGGAUGCCGUUCCGGGCGGCGUUAAGAGCACGCUCAUCAUUAGGGACAGCCAGGCCUACCACUACGGAAAGUACAACUGCACGGUGGUCAACGACUAUGGCAACGACGUGGCCGAGAUUCAGCUGCAAGCCAAGAAGAGCGUUUCCCUGCUGAUGACAAUUGUGGGCGGCAUUUCGGUGGUGGCCUUCCUGCUGGUGCUGACCAUUCUGGUGGUGGUCUACAUCAAGUGUAAGAAGCGCACCAAGCUGCCGCCAGCGGACGUGAUAAGCGAGCACCAGAUCACGAAGAACGGCGGCGUUAGCUGCAAACUGGAGCCAGGCGACCGGACCUCGAACUACAGCGAUCUGAAGGUGGACAUUUCGGGCGGCUAUGUGCCCUACGGUGACUACAGUACGCACUACAGUCCGCCCCCCCAAUACCUGACAACCUGUUCGACGAAAUCCAAUGGCAGCUCGACCAUUCUGCAGAACAACCACCAGAAUCAAUUGCAACUGCAACAGCAGCAGCAGCAGCAACAUAGCCACCACCAGCACCACCCACAGACCACCACCCUGCCAAUGACCUUCCUGACCAACAGCAGCGGUGGCAGCCUGACCGGCAGUAUUAUUGGAUCCCGUGAAAUCCGUCAAGACAACGGGCUGCCCAGUCUGCAGUCGACCACCGCCUCGGUGGUUAGCUCAUCGCCAAAUGGCAGCUGCAGCAAUCAGAGCACCACCGCCGCCGCCACCACCACCACCACCCACGUGGUGGUGCCCAGUUCGAUGGCCCUGAGUGUGGAUCCCCGCUACAGCGCCAUUUACGGCAAUCCGUAUCUGCGGUCAUCCAACUCGUCGCUGCUGCCGCCACCCACUGCCGUUUAGGGUGGACCAGCAUCGAACACCACCACCACCACCAACAUCACCAUCACCACUGCCGACAACAACGAUGACACCCACUGAGCCACGCUAAGACUGAUCUCACAAGGAACCGAGGCCCCGGCGGCUGCUUUUUGGGUAGGGGGCUAUCACUGUUGGUGGUGCGUUUUUUUUCAGCUACCAAAAAUUCGAAUUGCUUAGGUUUAGGCACUUAGCUCACAUACAUCCGAUUAUAUAGACAUAAUCGUAAGCUGAUCUUUAGCAUCAUCAUUUCUAAAGUCCUUAGGUCUAGGUACUUCAUCUUUUCCCGUUUUUUUUUUUUUUUUUCUUUGUUUUUUGUCGUUUUUGUGUUCUUAGCUUAAGGAUCUUACAGUAGGCUAAUCCACCCAGUUUGAUCUAGAGAGAGACUAAGCUUCAAAGAAUGAGUGUUAAGCAUUUACAAAACGAAAACAAAAAACAAAAAUCUUAGGAAGAUUAGAAAGUUUUACUGCUUGUUGAGAAAACGCCUUAAUGUAAUAGUUAACUGAUUGGGGAUUUAACCUCCAGUUAAAACAGAAAAAAAAUAAAAAAUUGGUUUUCUUGGGGGCGGGGAUAUGCGAGAGUGGUUUUGAACACAGUUUCUCAGACUUCAUACAAUGUUGCAAAUAUUAUUUUCCUUUCAAAUAUUACUUCCCUUUAACCUAAUGUAUUAUUCUGUAUUCUGUAUUAUUUUUCAAAUAUUCGAUCAACAUUUUUUGUACGUUUUUGAACUAUCUUUAUAUCGCGUACCUCUCCCUAAGGUUUUAAAAUCCCAAGAAUACUCCUUCGUCGAAAACAGCUGCCCCUAUAUAAUCCGCAAAAAAUAUAGAAAAGUAAAACGAAAGAAUUCAAUUUUAUGUAUACACAGAUAUAGUAUAUGCUAAAUGUUAAUGAAAUAUAUACAACCACGAAGACAUUCAGUUGAAUGGAUAGCGAGUAAGCAAACGAAAUGCCAAAGUACCUGAUAGUAUUUAAGUAGGGGGUGGGAAGGCCUUGGAUCGGUACCGCCUGCCCCGCCCCCCCAAUCAACUUCUUCUGAAUUAUGUAGCAUUAUCAUCUUUUCUCGCCGAAACUCUAAGCUAUGACUUGGGAUUCGAUAGUGCGUUUUAUGGUUAAAUAAAUAUAGAAGCUAGAUCUUGACAGUCGCCUUAACUUAUGACACGCCCAUACAUCUCAAAUCGCCCAUGCAAAUGUAGAAAACAAAACAAAAGAAAACAAAACAAAAAUGAGAGCGUAAACGUAUUCAAUUCGUCAGUUCAAUUGUGCUAAGUGUACUUCUAAGUGUAUAACGGUCUAAUUAUCCUAGUUGUAGCCUAACUAAUCAUAGACACGCAUAUUUAAAGUAUAGAUAUAGACCUAGCCCUAAAUAUAUACAUACAUCCAUGCAUUUUUUUUCAUAGGCCUAAGCAUUAUAUUUUGAUAAGCAAGCGUAUUUCGUCUAAGGAUCCCCAAGAAAAGUAAACAUUACUAUUUCAUUUUGCUAUAUUUAUUAGCUGUGGGUAUUUGAUUAGUGUCGCCAAUUAAACGCGAAACGAACAAAUGUUUUUUGUUUACAAAAUGCAAAUGAUAAACGCAAAUAAGCAGCAUGAAACACACACACACACAAAGUUAAACACGAAAACAAAAACAAAAAAACUGAAUAAAAAUUUAUUGAAAAAAAAAAAAAACAGAAAGAAAGCCGAGGAAAGCGAAUUGAGAGUUGGACAUCAAAGACGAAAGACAAAUAUACCGUAGGGGGGCAAAAAACAUUUUUAAUUUGACCAGGUCGGAAGGACCGGACCAACUGUCAGCUAGCUGCAAAAAGCCAAAAAUCAAACAAACAAAAGUGAAAUGAAAAUGUUCCACCACUGGCACCACUGGCACCACUUGCACCACCACCGCCGCCAGUCAUGUGUGUUAAUUUAUGGCAAGUCGCCUCGCCGUUCGGAGUUACUACACUGU